UAUACCCUGUAAUAAGUAGUUUUUUUGCACUAAUUCAUGUUGUUCCAAUUCAUAUUUCUUGUUUAGUUGUGUACUUUUGGUAUGUUUUGCUCCUUUCAUUGUAAUCCCUGUAAGAGAUGGUGUCUGCCAUGAAAAGGGUACCUGGCCCAUACCAUUGUCCGACUCAUUCAUGCUAAGGAUGCUAUUGAAGGGAGCAAUGAGGAGUAGGGGAUUUAUUUACAAUAUCUACAUGAAGGAUGGAGAACAUUACAUCUGAUCAGUCUAGCAUGACUGAAAUGCACACUGAACAGCCGAAAAUGUCUGCUUAAACACUCUCUGUCCUUACUAGAUCCCUAGGCCAGGGAAAGCUGCCAUCCAACCUUCAUCCAAUCAAAGCGUCCAAAGUCGUCGAAGUACCCGCCUUUGAGGGCGAAGGUUCACACACUCUCUUGCACUUUUGUUUUACUGAACACACCAAAACCAGUGAGGCCUCAUAGACAGGUGUUGUCACGCUUGACUCAAGCUCGCAUGUCUUGGUUCCUGAGCUGACUCUGCAGUUUGCUGCUGAAUCUGUCAUGACCGUGACUAUUACCAGAGUACAUGGGGGAAUGCCAUAGAACAAACAUUUCCAGGAGUUUUCUUGCUCCAAUUGGUCCCUGAAGGUGACAGCGAACCAGCUAACAAUCCUGUCCGCCAAACGUGUCAAGCCUUACUGGCUCCGAAGGGCUAUUCGAAGGGGGCGUGUUGUUGGCUUCACGAAGCGAUUCAUUGCAGUGAAGCCAGAAGGUCACUAUCCCCGCUGGCCAAUCGUAACAUCCCCCACCCCUAUGCCUCCUGGGCUCUUUAGGGUACUUGAACAAAAAAGUGUUAUGGAAGUUAAUAUGACCGGUAUAAACAGCAGCAUCGCAGCAACACGGACUGCUGCAGACGGCGGCGCCAGGUGUGCUGAUGACGUUCUGAUCAUUAUAAGCUGAUACUGCUCUUUAGUGCCUUAUUCAUCCACGUCAAACCAUUAUGCACCGCGUGGACCAUAUCUUGAACUCCGUGUUCUUGUCGCUUUGCCUUGAAGAGCGGACCCAUAUCUUCAAAGUGAUCUGCGAAAGGUGCACGGUGCGGUGUGUGCUGAGAGAUUUGCGAGCGCUGCUUCGAUCUCGUGGUAGCGACAGGCAGAACAAAGCUACAAGUAAACAAAAGCUGAAGCGGCCUUCAAGUGUCAAGUGUGGAAAAAGAUGUUUUGCGGCAAUGGCUGUGACUGAAGACAACACAGGUGUGUAUGUGGUUUUCCAAUUCAAGCACAGAGGCCACGACUUUGAACUGGGUCGUGUUUUUCUGUCCAAGUCGGAAAGAGCUGCUAUUGCUGACAAGCUGCGAGAAGGCGUGUCCAUGGAUGCAGUACUGGAUAAUGUGCGGUCCAACGUGGAUGCGACAUUCCACCGCAUUAACCUGUUAAGCAAGCAGGAUCUCCGCAAAAUAAUGAGGGAUGCCAGAGUCUCGAAGACCGAGCGGCUGCACGAUAAUGACUAUGUGAGCGUGCAACUCUGGGUUGAGAGGAUGCAUAGUGAAAAGGAAAACCCAUUGCUCUUCUUUAAACACCAAGGACAAACAAAAAGUGACAUUUUUUUAGAGAAAAAAAUGAGGACCUUUUGGAUGACAGAGAUUUUAUGCUAGUCAUCAUGACCACACCACAACAGGAGCUUUUCAAGAGGCUUGGAACUGAUCGUAUAUGUGUCGAUGGAACACAUGGAACAGCAGGUGAGCAGUACUAUAUAAAUGCAUUAAUAAUAAAAGCAAGAAAGAGGGAAUGCUGUCCGAGAAUAAUUGCAAUAGAUAUGAUGAGUAGUAUUCCUUCACA